AUGAAUGAUUUUAUUAAGGUGGAACAACAGUUGGAAGCUCAGAGUAACAAUAGUCAAACUCUGCCGUUGGAAUUAUCAAAUGAGGAGGAAAAAGUGAAAGAAAAUAACGAGGAACAGACAACGAAUACGGAGGACAAUCAAGACCUUAUCAAAAAUCACUCUGAUAAUUCAUAUUCCUCUUCUGAUGAAGAAAAUGUUAAAUUAUUUAGAAGUGAGGAUUUGGAAUCAUAUGUACCAUCAAGGCCAUCCACUUUAUUGGCUUUUCAAAAAAAGGAGGAAACAUCAGAGGAGGAGGAAGAUGAUCAUCACAUUCUCUCACCAGUAGUGAGAAAACAUAUUAAGGAUAAUCACAUCACACCAAUCGGUCUUACUAAGAAUAAGAAACUAUUCAUGGAAUUGUUUCAUCAAACCAUGCCAAAGUCAAUAACCACAACAGAAGACCCUGAAGAAAAACAAUCACUUGCUGCAACCAUGUUGCAAAAAGUUGUACGUGGUUGGGUUGUGAGAAAGAGGUAUGCAAAGAGGAGAAUUGAUAAUGCAAGACUGUCGGCAGAGUUUACUGAUGAGCAAGGUCUUAUUCAGGGAUUCAAGUUGAAAAAGAAGAAACUCACUGAAAGUGAAGUUAAGGAACAAUGUAAAAAGAUCGAACACGCAAUAGGAGCUACCAUAUUUAGAAUGAAAGAGAAAGAAAGAGUAAUGAAUGAAAGUGCUAAAAUCGUUCAGAAAGCUUGGAGAAAUUACUAUCGAGUAAAGAAGGAACAAAUUAGACAACAGCCAAUACUUCCAAAUGAAUGUGCCCAACUUAUUAACAGAAUAUCAAAUUCAAAAUACCUUAAAAACAGAGAAUCAUUUGAUGAUAUAAUUGAAAGUGUUUCCAUUAACCAAAUUUAUGGAAUUCCAAGUUAUGAAAUGAUGGAUAGACCUGCAAGAUCUUACACUUUCAAAAUUACAAUAUUUUAA